AUGGAAUCCAACAAGACCAAUACACAGACAUGGCAGGUCGCCGCGGUCGUGUCCUUCUACAUGUGUGCAGCCCUCGUGAUGGUCUUUGUUAACAAGGCCGUCAUGAAUUCCUCCCCCGAUCUUCCUCUGCUGUUCCUCCUCAUCCAACUACUUUUUGCGGUUGUCCUGCUGCACUGCGCGGCCUUUGUCACCUCCAAGGUCGAGAUACCCAAACUCGAGCUCCGGACAGCCAAAAAGUUGAUACCCGUGACUCUGGUUAACGUGAUCGGCCUCGUUUUCAAUAUCCUCUGCUUGCGAGGCGUCGAGGCAUCGUUCUUCCAGAUCGCCCGCGGCCUCGUGCUACCACUGACUAUUAUGGUAUCUUCCCUGCACACGCGUGCCUCUCCGUCUCUCAAAGUUAUCGCAGCCACACUUAUUGUGACGGUCGGAUUUUUCCUGGGUGUUUCCCCUGGCUCUCUCGCCUCCGCCCGACAGUGGCAUCUACAGCUGCCCAUAAUCUAUGGAGUGCUGUCGUCGCUGUUCAUCGCCGUGCACACGGUGUUGAUCAAGAUGUCGCUUCCUCACGCGCACAACUCGACCAUUCAGCUCGCGUACUGGCAGAACCUUGGCUCCGCGCUUCUCCUCGCGCCAUUCAUCCUCCUUCUGGGUGAGUACGGCCGCGUGCGCGAGCUCAUGCACUCGCCCACCUGGAACGGCGAGGUAUUCGUCUGGGGGAGUAUCGUCACAGGCGUGUUCGGCUUCCUGCUAUGUGUGGCGGGACUUCUCAGCAUCAAGGUGACCAGCCCGAUCACCCACAUGUUCUCCAGCGCUGCACGUUCUGUUAUCCAAACACUCCUCGGGGUGUGGUUGUUCGGUGACCUUUUGACAGCAAAUCGCGCGACUUCGAUCCUGGUUAUCGCGACGGGCACUGUUUACUAUACGUGGAUCAAGUCCGUCGAGUCCGCACAGGCUCCGCGCGCGGCUCCGCCGAGAGACGACGUCGAAGCGGCGAAGCUCGAGCCGGACGUGGUAGUGCAUGACUGGCAGGAUGAGAAGCGGCCUGCGGACUGA